AUGGAUCCCUCAGAGGCGCUGCUAAUGCACGUCCAAAAACCAGAAGAAUACCCGAUUACGGAGGAAACUGUGGACGGCGUCAAAUAUAUAGCAUUUGGAGACAACGCGUACCAUUCCACCGCUCGGACGAUUGCGAAAGUAUAUGGAAAAGAGAAAGAGUAUUAUUCACUCGAAUCUCUCGUUUGUUUCCUCAGAUUCAAGGAGAAACACGAUGACUAUGAGAAGAAGCACGGAGAAUAUGUGAAAGAGGCGGCCGCCGCAGAUGUCAAAGCAGUCACCAGAAUUGAUAAAAAUAAAGUGACAAAAUUCCUGGAAGGCGAAGCUUCAGUAUUCCCGAAACCCGAUGGUUUCCAACAAGAACAACCUCGAUCUCUGAAACAACUUCUGAAUCAAGGAGAACCGGAUGCGAAACGUCUGAAACUCGACGUCCCGACGACAUCCGGACAUCCGAAUGACAUACAGAUGGAGGACGAGGGGGCGGGGCCUAUUCCUCAGAAGAAAGAAGUUGAGAUUCGAGCAUUAAAUGAUAGUCUGACGAAGGAUCGAAUCGCCGAAAUGAGACGAAAACGACAGAAAAAUUUGGAAAAGGGAAUCGUCAAUAUCGAUGAAUCACUAUCAACACUGACAUCAGCGUCUCUUCCAAAGUGUCGAAUCCAUCGAACACGUGAGAAUGUGAUGUUGGGAGUGAGAGAUCUGUCGAAUGUUCUCGAAAUCAUCUCAGCCGCCCAACGUCAAUGGGAUCUCAAUGAGAAGAAGGAGAAAGUGGCGGCGGUGCAUGCGGCGGCGACAAUCGGAGGACGGUCCGGAUUGGAUGGACAACAGAGAUCCGGAUAUUCUCGUUAUGCACAGGAGGCUUUCGCUCAUGAGAAAACGAAAGAAAUCCAAACGGAGGGAUCGUUCAUCGGAAGUAAUUUGAGUACACUCAAACAAGGACAUUCUGGAGGACACAAGCCAGAAAUGCGUCCACCACCGAUUCUUCCAUCAGUUGUCCAGAAGCCAUCGUCAUCUGGAGCGAUGGGCGGAGCCAAGAGAACAUCCCGAUCGCCAAUAAUAAUUGUACCUUCUGCGAUGAAUACGAUGAUUAAUAUGUAUAAUGCAAAGGAUAUUCUUCAGGGAUUAGGAUACGUAUCUGUCGAUCAGAAACGGAAAGAAUCGAAUAAGAAACCGACGGAUUUGGUCAUUCAGAGACAGAAGAAUGGACAGACUUACAACAUUAGAAUCAUUGACAAUGCGGAGAAGCUGGCACCAGAAGAUUGGGAUCGAGUGAUCGGAGUAUUCGUAAUGGGCGUGGCUUGGCAAUUCAAAGGAUGGAAAUGGAAUGGAAAUCCGACGGACAUCUUCACCCACAUUCCCGCAUUCCAUUUCCAUUUUGAUUCGGACAAACCGGUGAAUCAAGUGAUGCAAUGGAAUUGUCAGAAGAUUCCGAUAUCCGCAACGAAGAGACAUAUGGAUAAGGCACGAUUCUCACAAGUUUGGGAACACAUUGAGCAAGCCGUUCGAAAGAAUAAACCACAUUUGAAUCAACGUCUUGGACUCUGA